UAUUAUUGACAGCUGCGAAAUGAUGUUUUUUAGGUUAUGUGGUACUGAUCUUUGAACAAUUAAAAACAAUAUUAUGGGAAAUGAAACUUCUCAAUUUUCCAAUUUAGAAUUUGAGGAAAAGGCUGUCCAGGUUACAGAUUUUUGGAUCCAUCGCUCUGCCACUUCAAGCUGCGGUAGUACGGUAUCAGUAUUUGUAGGCGAGUCGUUAAUUAAUGGCUCACUGUGGUCAGCCCAAACGCCUCUUGAAAAGAGUACUAAGCAUUUAAAACUCUAUCGUCAUCCUUGCAUUUUAAAAUACAUUUCGUCAUGGCCCAAGGGAUCAAUGUUUUAUCUUGUGUCCGAAGAUGUAAAACCGUUAUCUCUGGUGCUAUCGGCACAGAACACAAUGCAAAUCUGUGUAGGUUUGCACUCUGUUUUGAAAGCGCUGUGCUUCCUGCAUGACAACGCCAGCGUUUCCCAUAAUAAUAUUUGUAUAUCUUCGAUCUAUGUAACAAGAGAUGGGGAUUGGCAUCUAGGCGGUAUGGAGUAUCUGUGCAAAUUUUCAGAACUGACUGAAGGGUAUUUAAGUAAAACUCGAAGAUAUCGUUACGAUAAGGCGAUUGAUGCCAGUGAAAGUAAAUACGGAAAACAGCUAAGGGAGAAUCCGUCCGCAAUUGACUCAUACGCAUUUGGGAUAUUAGUUAAAGAAGUUCUACUAAAUAGGAGCGAUGAGGACCUGUUGUGGUUGGCAAGCUUUCGUGAGAGUGUAGCUCAGUUGGAGGGUCCAAUUCUCUCUAGACCGAAGAUAUUAACGCUAUUAGAUCACAAAUUUUUCGUUCACGAUUUUAUAACGGUUCAUUCCAUGUUGACAGAAUUGCCAUUAAAGGCAGAUGAUGAGAAGAUGAAUUUCUUUUCUUCCCUAUUAACCAAAUUAAAAACAUUUGAUGAGGUAAUUGUUGCUAGUCAAUUGGGCGGAUUGCUUUUGUCACGAAUGGUUCUUUUGGACAAAACGGCUCAACAUCACAUGUUACCAUAUCUUUUAUGUCCUCGACAAGAGCUGGAAAAUGAAAGUGGACUAUUUUCAAUGGAAAAUUUCAAACAAUACAUUAUCCCCAAGCUUUUGCAAAUAUUUUGUGUUAGAGAUGUGCAAAUCCGUUUACUGCUCCUGGAGCAUUUUCACAAUUACAUGAAUUGCUUCUCAAAGGAAGAGCUACAGUUUCAAAUAUUACCUGAGUUACUUGUAGGAAUAAAAGACACAAAUGACCAAUUAGUAGCGAUGACUUUAAGAGUUUUGGCCGAUAUUGUUCCAAUUCUCGGAGCGGUGGCUGUCAUUGGGGGAAGGCGGGCAAAAUUAUUUAGUGACGGGAAACCCAUUCCACACACCACUGAAAAAUAUAUUCAAAGAUCGAAACGAGAUUUCAGAAAAACUCAAACUUUUGAACCCGACCAUAGAGCAAACUUGGAAUUACCCGAACGCCCGAGUCCAGAUGGUGAAGAGAACGAAUCGUCAAAUGUUCAGUCUACAGAGGAUGACUUGGAUAAUUGGGACGACUGGGAUGCGACUACUGAACCGAACAGUACUGUUAAUGAAGUCGAGUCCAUAUCACACGAAGAACCAAAUUUACAUAUAGGACAAGAACAGCCUUCAAUCAAGAAGAGUGAUAUACCCGAUGUUUUGCAUUUAGAUAUUAAAAGUCGAAGUAGUUUCUCUAAGCAAGACGAUAUCGAUUACUUUCAAGAUAUGGAACCUGUUAUUGAAACUUCAAAGCCAUAUUAUAUUUUAACAUCUGACGAAAAUGAUGACAAGAAAUUGAAUUUAGGUAUUGCCCAAAUUGAACAGCACGAAGAAGAGGGAUGGGGGACAGAGUGGGAUUAAUUUUAAGGUCUAAUCGUCUUGGUAUUGAAAUUGUAAUGAGAUUCUUUUAUGAAGACCAUUUGAUAUCUGUUACUGUACUUUUUCAAUAAAUGGGUUUUAAUUUUG